AAUAUGCAUUCAUUCAUCCGGUAAUCUAGGCGUAUCCGUCUAUAUUGGUUUGUCAGUAUUUAGUGGUUUUGCGACAGGUAGGAUUUUGAUAACUCAGUUUAGAAGUAUUUUAAAGUUGUUCAGUUCAGUUUGUGCCAUUUAAAGGUAAAAUGGCGGGAAACGUAACACGUGCUCAAGCUGAAGGUUUCUGGAAUAAGUACAACAAAGAUGGAAACAACGAAUUAACAGUGGACGAGGUUAAACAAUAUCUGCAGGAAGUUUACGAGAGUGAAGAUGAUUUCGACGUAAACGAGAGGUAUAUAUAUUUUGGACAGAAAGAAGCAAAAACGCUGACGAAAGAUGAGUUUAUCAAAGGUGUCAUGAGAACAGACAAAUGUUCAUGCUUAGAGAAAGCGUUUAAAGAAAUGGAUAAAGACGGAAACGGAAGUCUGAGUAAAGAAGAACUUGAAUCAGGUCUUGCUGCCCAAGGCUUCGAGGGAGAACAGGCCAAAUGUAUUGUAGAGGAAUUGGAGUAUGACUCGGACGAGAAAUACAACAUCAAAGAAUUCCUAGAGACAGUGGCAUUUAGUGAAUAUUUUGCUAAAACCUAUGGUUACUAGUAAACUAUAAAUUCCGUGUUCACAUCGUUGUUUUAACGUGGAACUGUUGUUGUUUUUUCUGUCUUUUAUUACAUAUUGUAUUCAUUGUAAUAUAUACUAAUGAUUAAUUUGUUUUCACACAGACGACGUUCAGAUUUAAGGUAAUAUAUUAACCAUGUUUGCAAAACGUGUUGCUGCAUAUUACACUGUGUAAUGUAGAUGUCGGUAUCAAGCUUAUCGAUGCAUUGUCUUAUAAAAACACUUUUGUAGUA